ACGUAUUCGAUAUCUCGCAUUUCCACGAUUACGUACUGUCGAUAAUAACCGUAUAUAAAAGUGUUUAAUAUUCUUCUUGAAUCGUAAGAAGAAUGUCACUUCCUGCAAAAAUUACUUUUGCAUUAUGUUGUGCAACAUCAGCAAGUAUUAUAUUUUAUGUGCAUUAUCAACAAGAAGCUGAGAGAAAACAACUCGAGAUAGGUGUAGAACGCGAUAUUCAACGACAAGAACGGAAUAAAUUAAAAUCGCUGUUGAAACAACAAACACAAUUGGCGGAUCAGUUACCAUCAAAAAACGAACAAAAUCUUCAAACCUUAUAACAUUAGUAAAUAUUAUAUAAUAUUUAUUGUAACAAGACUUUGAUAAUUUAUUGCGUGCAAUUAUAAUUUGUGAUUUUAUAAAUUA